AUGAACUGGAUUUUGACGGGCAUCUUCUUGGCCGGAGAAAUGGCCGGAGCCGGAGCAAUUGCCCUUCCAAUUGCAGUCAGAUCGCUCGGUAAGUCAUCGAUAUUUCACUUGAAGUAUUUUUAAAAAAGUUUAGAAUUUUAUUUUGGCCUAAUUUUCAUGGCAAUUUCGGCGAUAAUGGCGACUUAUUGUGGAGUAAUUUUGGGUCGGUCAUGGUUAAUUUUGCAAAAGCAUUGGCCGGAAUAUCGAUUCCAUUGUCGUGAUCCGUAUGCUCAGAUUGGAUUGAGAUCACAUGGGAGGUGGAUGAAGUGAGAUUUUUUGGGGGUUUGACAGGUUUUUUUGAAGUUUUGACGAAAUGUCACAAAAAAUAUUGGAAAAUUUCGAUUAGGUAAAUAUGGUCGGCAAGGCCCACACAAUCGUAUUUUACAUAUAUUUCUACUAUUUUUUAAAAAUCUUCCUGAAUUUUUUGUUUUUUGAGGUUUAACGAAAUGUCACAAAAAUUAUUGAUUUUUGCGAAAGCUGGGUUAAAGCUCGGCUUGGCCGAUAUUGUACCUUAUCUACAGAAUGGCCGAGAAAAACGUUUUGUGUAGUUUGUAACAAAAAACUCAAACUUUUCCAAAUUUGACGAAAUGCCACAAAAAUUAUCGGAUUUUUUGAAAUUGACUACGUAUUAAGCUUGUCCGUAUUUUACCAAAUUUUACCUGCUAUUUUCACAAAAGAUUAACCUUCGUUGGCCGUACUUAUAAAACUUUAUAACUAUUUGACGAAAUGCCACAAAAAUUAUUGGAUUUUUUCAGGAUCGCAGUUGACGUCGUCUUGAAUUUUGGGAUGUUUUGUUGUGGAGUUUUGCUGAUGGUGAUCGUCUCCAAGAACAUUAACGACGCUUUCAAGCAGUUUUUCAAGCACAAUUUUGAUUAUUGUUAUGUUGCGGUCAUUGUGACUGCAAUAAUUACGCCGUUUUGCUAUCUAAAAUCACCUCAGGAUUUUUGGUAAGCCCAAAAUUACUAUUAUCCCAAAAAACCGCUUUUAAAAUUGCUCAAAAUGAGUGUAUUUUAGGUGGGCGAUCAUACUCGGGAUGGUCUGCACACUACUGGCAGUACUCUUUUCUCUUGGAGGUGUUGUAAAUGACAUCGGGCUAUGUCAAGACUCCUUGACGUUGCCCGCUUUUGAUGUCACAGAUGCAUGUACUCAUCUGGGAAGUAUUUUAUUUGCCUACGGAGGACAUGCUUGUUUCCCAACUAUUCAGAAUGACAUGAAAGAGCCCUUCAAGUUCAAAUAUUCAUCCAUUCUGGCGUACACUUGUAAGUACAGACAAUAUCACAAUAUCAAGAAGCGUAUUUUACCAUAAAACUACAAAUUUUUUAGUCAUCUCAAUUCUCUACUUCCCAUUAUCCAUUAUGGCCAAUUUGGCGUACAAUGAGAACCUCGGACCUUCAGUGAUCAACAACCUUCAAAUUGAAUGGAUUCAGCAAUCUGUGAACCUGCUGAUAACUGCUCAUUGCAUGUUUGCUGUCAUUUUGAUCAUGAAUCCUGUCAUGCAAACGGCCGAAGAGCUGCUCAAAGCGCCGCAGGGUGAGUAGGCUUUUUUGGAGGUCUAGAAACAUAAUGAUUACAAAAAACCGCGACCAAGGCUUCGUAUGUACAUAUAUUUUUAUAAAAUAUUUUAUAAAAAUCCUGGUUCUUUUACGGGCCGAAUUGCUUUGGUAACAGAAAGAACUUGGAAAAUAUAUACGUCAGACAAAUCUACUCGAAAUCAAUGUAAUAAAAGUCAUCAAAAAGACUGGCACACACGUCAAUCUUUGCAUUUAUGUAUACGUCUUAUGUUAGGUUCAGAAAACGCCAUCAUUUGUCUAUUUCAGAAUUCGGACUGCACCGAGUCGCCAUCCGCUCUUCAUUGAUGCUUUUGGCAUUGGUUGUGGUCGAAACUUUCCCUGAAUUUGGACCGCUAAUGGGCCUACUUGGUGGAACAAUCGUCUCAACUACUUCGUUUCUAUUCCCCGUGCUGUUUUACCUUACCUUGAAUGUGUUGGAUAAGCAAAUGUCAAAUGAUAAUGUCGACAAGUCUCAAAGAGAAAAACCUUUGAAAGCAGUUGCAAAUGGAGAAUCAGACAGUGAAAGAAUCAGCUUAAUCCAAGGGAUAAAAGAGACACCGAGGCUGGAGCUCAUUUGUUUGGGAGCUACCUUCGGUAAGGCUGUUUUAAAAUACGUUUCCUUAAAAAACGCUUUUCAACCGUUACACGAAAAUAAUGAUCCAAAGAAUGAGAUUUCUCUGAAAUUUUAGUACAAUACAACAGUAUUUUUUUACCUUUCAGCCAUCGCAUUUAUUGUCAUGGUGGUAACGACAAUCGCUGCUACCAAAGACCUGGCCACAGCGUCCUUCAAGAUGCCCUGUUAUCUUCGUUGGAUUAAGGAUUGGCCUGAGACUGAGGGCCCAGUAACUCCCAUCUUCUGCUGUGGACCGUAUUCAAACAUCAGUCUGCAUAAGGGACAUUGUAUUUCUAGAAGGCAUGUAGAGUAA